UGACGCUUACAUACACAUGUCGCUUCAAAUGGCACAAGGUUCUGACUGGUUCUGACACUGACGGUUCUGUCAGUAUUGCUGUUGUUUAUAUAUCCAAUAAUCAACGCUAGACGCAAGUACAAAAUACUAGCCGAGAAUUUAUUUUAUCAAAAAAUACCGUGGUGUAAAUUAACAAAUUUAUUAAAGUUGUAUUCAGAAAUAUGUCGUAAAAAUUUUGUGAACGCGUCCAAAAUUGUCUAAACUAUUUUGUAGUAGUUGGAUAAUAUCAUUCAUCGAAGGAAAGGCUUCAAAAAUCUUCUAACCGAAUAUUUAACGUCAAAUUAAAUAAGAUGAGUUCAUGUAGCGUGAUCACAGCCGACUUUGUGAAUUUAUCAAUCACAAAUUCUGGUCAGGAGUCACAUUGGAUGGAGCGUCGAUUUCAAAAGAAUAUAACUAUCGAUGAAUUUAAGGGCAAACUGGAGCUUCUUACUGGUGGUAAUCCAGCUACGAUGAUCGUUGAAGCUUAUGAUAAAAACGACAAGCUUGUUUGCAGAUUGGAAGAAGGACAGCGCCUUUUGGGAUCAUAUCCAAUCGACGAUGGAAUGAGGAUACAUGUUACUGAUAAUUUUUCAUGUACCGUAGAAGAUUUAAGUCAUGUGAAAAAGUUUGAGAUAUCUGAGGAGGAAUAUGCUAAAAAGACAGAUACUGUUAAGGCAUUCUUGGAAAAGAAUAAGUUAGGAAAAUACAAUGAGGAAGAGAUGAAAAAAAGAGCAGAGGAGAAAAAAUUAGAGGAAGAAGCGGAGGAACACUUAGCUAGUUUGUGCAAGGUUGGAGACCGCUGCGAAGUAUCGGUUCCAAAUCAGCCAAAGCGAAGAGCUACUAUCUUAUAUGUUGGUAAAACCGAUUUUAAAGAAGGUUGGUGGAUUGGUGUUAAAUACGAUGAGCCUCUUGGUAAGAAUGAUGGAAGUGUUGGUGGUAAAAGAUAUUUCGAAUGUGCCCAGAAGUAUGGUGGAUUUGUGAAGCCAGCACAUGUAAAAGUUGGAGAUUUUCCUGAGGAAGAUUUCAAUCUGGACGAGGAACUGUAAAACACUGUGAUUGUUUCAUUGAACAUUUUUUUUUACUAUAAAUUUGAAAACUUAAAAAAUAUAUUUUUAAAUUUUAUGUAAAAUAGCUUUUAAAUUAAAUGCAGUUCAUAAAAAUUAAAAUUCUAUAUUUCUUUGUUUUAUUAUGUCGGGUCACCAGUCAAUGAAAUGUUUUUUUAAUUUGAGAAUAGACAAUAGUAAAUUUUCAGAAAACACUGUUGAAUAGUAUUGGUAUAGUAUAAUUCUCAAAUUACAAAUAUACUUUUAUAUUUUGUGUAAACUUAUCUGGUCUUGUUUCAUCUUUUUUAUGUACUUUAAUUAUUUUAUCAGCUUUUUGAUCAUGCAAAUGUCUAAUACAUCAAAUAUAAUGCUGAGCAUUCUGAUCUCACUUGCACAAUUAAAUUAUAAUAUUUUAGAAAAAUUGGAUUUAGCUUUCUAAUUAUAAGAAAAUGCAUGAUACUAUUGUCAGCAUAAAAAAGGUUGACUUAUA